GAACGUCACCACCUUAGUUCCUGGCAAAUCUGCUCACUGCAAAAGUUUUAUGAUUUUUUAAAUUUGACAUUUGUUCCUUAAUGCAAUUUUUGUUUUUUUUAUAAUAACAAAAGUAGAUAUUUUUAUUUAAGAGAUUACUUAAACUGAUGGGUAUAAAAUGCAAAUUAGCAGUGUUGUUCUCCAAGGAUAGUUAAUGGAGAAAGAGGGUGUUUACCAUUACCAGUACAACUACAGUUGCAGAGUUCAGGGGUUUCUUGGAGUAGCAUUAAAGUCUGAAAGAGAGAAAUAUAAAAUAAAAAGAUUAAAAAAUUGAGUGUUUUUUUUGUUGUAAUAAAUGGUUUCUUUUUGUGAUUUAGGGAGGUGAUCAUUUGUUUUUACAGAGAAAAGAUCUGAAAAAGAGCAAAAAGAUGGUUUAUUUUCGUCAGAUUUUUCUCAUGAUCAUUGUAGUGGUGAUAUCGUUACAAUGCUGCAACGUUAGUUUCUUUAGCAUUUUUGCUGAUGCUAAAGAGCUUGAUGACUGGAGAGCGUUAACGGUGGAAAACGGUGAGAGAUAUCGGACCCAGAUCGGAAAACUCGUCGGAGAAGACGGAGGCGAGAGGAAAAAGCUUCGGGUUUUGGAAAAGUUCCGAGCUUUACUCGAUUUGAUCAAACCCGCUACUUCCCGUCGACGGAAUCUCGCAACUUCAGCUACUUUCUCUCCCUGGCCGGCGCCUUCGCCGUCUCCGUUUCCAAGCGAUGGCCCAAUCGAGUCUCCGGCGUAUCCUCCAGCUCCUCCACUGCCAAUCCCCCCGCAUCUCCGCCGUCCGUUACCUCAACGGACCCAUCCAUCGAGACAACCCGAGAUUCAGAGGCGAAAACACGAGAAAGGAGGAACAUUUAACAAGAUUCUUCUACCAGUUGCCGUUUCUACAGCUUCUGGAGUCGGUUUCGUGGUUUGUGUAGUGGGAGUGUUCUGUCUCUGCGCGAGAAUCAGAAAAAGGAAGAAGAGCGGCAAAACGGCGUCGUUGAAGCGGAAAAAGGGCAAAUCUCAGAGCUCGACGAGGAAGGUCAGUGUAAACCCUACUCUCGAUUUCUUGUACCUGAACUCACUAGGAGUCGAUCUAGAGAGGCAAAGCUCUGUUUCAGUUAAGGAAAUACGAGAAACCGAGAAGGAUUUGAGCGAUAACAAUGGUGGAUUGCUUGAAGAAGAGGUAAAGAGAAGCGUAGAAACAGAGAUUUUGUCAGACUCGGACAAUGCUACUAGUUAUUCAACGAAAGAAAUUGUGUCGGUGCACGAAAAUGACGAAGAACAAACAGUAGACUCUGUUUCUGCUCCUGUUGUUAUCAAUAGAUGCGAUACUUCUGACGAUGAUGAGUCUUUUCAUUCCGUUGGUGGUGGCUCUCAUUAUUCAAAUCCAAGAUUGUCAAAUGCUUCUUCUUCCUCUGUUUCUGGUAGCGUCAACGUUGGAUCCUCUCAACGCUUCUCAGAACGCGAAUUGGAGAUUCCAGAAUGUUCCACAAAAGAAUUUGGAAUCUCUCCUCCUCCUCCACCGCCACCGCCUCCGCCUCCACCGCUUCCGCAAUUCUCAAAGAAACGUCUUCAAACUCUGUCUUUGCCAGAAACUAAUCUGCAGACGCUUUCGUCGCAAUUAUGUGAAAAAGUUUGCGCUUCUUCCUCGGAACCAAGUCUUGCGAUCAAUGUACCAAAUUCACAAGAUAUUGGUUAUAAAUCUCAACCGCGCCCACCUCCACCGCCGCCGCUACCGACACAACAACUUCAAGCAGCGGGACCGAACAAAACGCCUCCACCGCCACUGUCUCUUGACUUUUCUCAGCCUAGACCGUUAGGCAAAGACGGAGCUCCAUUGCCUAAACUAAAGCCGCUUCAUUGGGAUAAAGUCAGGGCUACACCGGACCGGACUAUGGUGUGGGAUAAGCUCAGAACAAGCUCAUUCGAAUUAGACGAAGAGAUGAUUGAGUCGCUGUUUGGAUAUACGAUGCAAAGCUCAACGAAGAAUGAGGAAGGGAAGAGCAAGACUCCAUCACCAGGAAAACACCUUCUUGAACCUAAAAGGCUUCAGAACUUUACCAUUCUCUUGAAAGCCCUCAACGCAACCGCCGACCAAAUCUGCUCUGCCUUGGGAAAAGGGGAAGGCUUGUGUUUACAGCAACUAGAAGCCUUGGUGAAGAUGGUGCCGACUAAAGAAGAAGAACUGAAGCUGCGUAGCUACAAAGGAGCAGUGGAUGAGCUUGGCUCGGCUGAGAAAUUUCUCAGAGCUCUUGUCGGAGUUCCAUUUGCAUUUCAAAGAGCUGAAGCAAUGCUCUAUAGAGAAACGUUUGAAGACGAAGUAGUUCACCUCAGAAACUCCUUCUCUAUGCUUGAGGAAGCUUGCAAGGAGCUUAAGUCAAGCAGGUUGUUCUUGAAGCUUUUAGAAGCUGUCCUUAAAACUGGAAACAGGAUGAAUGUAGGAACCAUACGCGGUGGCGCAAAAGCCUUCAAGCUUGACGCUCUGCUCAAGCUCUCUGAUGUAAAGGGCACAGAUGGGAAGACAACUCUGCUUCACUUCGUCGUACAAGAGAUCUCUAGGUCCGAGGGAAUAAGGGUUUCGGACAGCAUCAUGGGACGGAUCAUGAACCAGAGAUCCAAUAAGAACAGAACAGCCGAGGAGAAAGAGGAAGAUUACAGAAGGAUGGGGCUCGAUCUCGUCUCGGGUCUAAACACGGAGCUAAGAAACGUGAAGAAGACGGCAACGAUUGAUCUGGAAGGUCUUGUUAGCUCGGUAUCAAAUCUAAGGGACGGAUUAGGGGAAUUGAGGUGUCUAGCGAACGAGAAGCUGAAAGGGGACGAGGAAAACAGAGCAUUCGUUAGCUCGAUGAGCUCGUUCUUGAGAUACGGAGAGAAGAGCUUGGAGGAGUUGAGGGAAGACGAGAAGAGGAUAAUGGAGAGGGUUGGAGAGAUCGCAGAGUAUUUUCAUGGAGAUGUGAGAGGAGAUGACAAGAACCCAUUGAGGAUCUUUGUGAUUGUCAGGGAUUUUCUGGGGAUGUUGGAUCAUGUUUGUAGAGAACUGAGGUGUGUUAGGGUUCCCAAUAGCCCUAGUCCUUUGGCUCCGUUUCGAUGAACAGUGAUGACUUCGAACAGAACAGUAAAUUUUUAAUGAAAAUUAUGAGCUGUUUAUGAUAACAGAGUGGGUUUGGGGUUUACUGUGGAUUAGAGAUGGGCAAAGAUUCAGACUAUGAGAGGGUCGACUAUGGAGAGUUAUGUGAAGAUCGAUAGAUAUGUAAGGAUUUGUAUAUGUAUCAUAUGCUUAAAUCGUGAUUAAAAAAAAUGUUUCUAUGGACAAUCUAGAGUUUGUUUCUUUCGUUGACAGAACUAAAUAUCCCAUCCUUUGCAUGCCAAGCUUAACCGAGAAUGGUAGAUUUACUGUUUCAUCCCUAC